GUGGCGUUUGGACGGCGUGACGGGGAGGUUCGAUUCACUUUUGUUCGAUUGAAGUUUUUCGCGAAUUCGUUGCAUCGCGUCGCUGUCGAAAACUAAUCGGGAUCGGUGGAAAGUUUGUGCCUUAUUGAAUGGCCGUUCGCUUUGCGAUUAAGCCGUCCGAGUGUGUGUUGCGCUAGUGCGGUGAGUGAUUGUUCGAUGAGUGGCAUCGUAUGAAAUCAAGUGGCUAAUGAUUGAAAAUUAAUCGCUGAUUGUUGAAACGAUUCUAGAUCGUAUAACUGGAAGGCCUAGUAAAUUGACAACGUAUGCAGAAAUAUGUGACCCAGAGAGCGCGGUGCUGCCCACCGUUAGUAGCGAAAAAAAAUGCUCGUCGUGCUCUAGUGGAAUUAUUCAAAUGAUGGAUUGAAGGGUCUCCGUGGUGUUACUGCGGUAGACAGACAAGGUGGAGUGAAGUGUACAUGUAUUUCCCCUCUUCCACUCCGCUCAGUGUACAGUCAACUUAGUGCAUAGUUGUGAUAUGUAAUUAUUGAAGUUUUUCUGCUGCAGCCAGCUCGGACCGUUGAACGAACAGAAAAGCCUGUCAUACCUUAGUCUCGCCUUCAGUCGAGUUCUGCAAUAUCUACCGCUACGAACUUGGCAAGUCGGCUGUUUUUGCCUUCCAUCGUUUUCUUCCCGCAACAAUCUGCAACCUUCGUGUUCGUCCGUGAUAAUGAAUACUGCAUAGUGGCCAUUUGAACGUAUGAGGAGACAAAAUGGUGACAGUGUGCGGCGAUGUGGUAAUCGACAUCGUCGCCGACAGUAGGUAUUGACGUCCGUGAAUAAUCAGCUGUUGGUCGCACACCAGCACCACGGCAAAAGUGCAGUGAAAAACCGGUCUGACAGCGACGACAUGUAAUGAAAUACCGCACUUGGGGCUGCAACGAACGUCGCGUUACUCUAUAGGAAGUGCCUUUCAUUGCACCGGAAGAAGGUGACGAAUUCAAGAGGCAAACGAAAAAAAAAGAUACAGUGAAGUUCAAUUCGAUCCACCACACUCCGGGCGGGUAUACGGUGGUUAAUGGUGGUGUAAUAGCAAUUGUGUUACGAUCGUCGUACGAAAUCGAGCUGAAGAAUGUGCGUGACUUCCUCGUUCAUCGUGGCUGCGUGAGAGACAAUUUCGGAACAUGAUGAAGAAGAAAGCCAGUGUGUUCGAGUUGCCCCCCAAGUGUCCGGCGCUGGCAGACAAAAUCACCGGUAUCUUCGGCUGGCGGCACACGUACCGGGUUUCGCAGAAGCAGAAAGGCAUCCCGCACUGCCAGCAGCAGUAUUUGCACAAAACUUACUCGCUCAAUUUGCCCCGGAAAACGAAUCCAGAUUCAUGGGUCGUAGUGCAUCAUCUUCAAUCACAGUCCGGUAUUCUCGAUCCGGAUGAUCAAGUGAGCGACGUUGCCGACGAUCGGGAGGAAAUACUCGCCAGUUACGAGGACUGCUCGGGUGGUCCGGAACCUGGGGUACCACAGGGUGGCGGCGAUGGUGCCAGCGGCAGCUCGGUUGGCACGGGAAGUCCAGAUAUUUUUCGUCCAGAGCCCGGCAAAUACGGGCCGGAAAGUUCAACACCUCAUAUUGAGGUUACCUCGAACGAGCAGCCACCCGGCGGACUGGGCUUGCAAGUGCGACGGGGCAGUGAACCAUCGCUGCACCAGAUCGGAGUUACCGAUCAGCGGAGCCCGCUAUACAAUGUAAGUCCCAAUGGACACCAAGACACGAAACGGUGGUCAGCGGCACCGGUUUGUCGAAACGAUAAUGAUCCACCAGAGCGGCUGCUGGUACCGUCGAAUGGGGUUCCUUACAGUCCCGAGUGGAACAUUCUGCCAGAGGAAGAAUCUCACGACAGUCUCCCGCAACAGUUUUCCCGCUCGGGCCGACUAUCUAUGCAGUUUCUCGGAGCAGAGGCCGCCAACGGCUACAGGUGGAUCGAUGCAGCUGAACGCGUUGCGGCUAACACCGUCGGCAGCGUGUACAGUGGAACUAGCGCAAAUAGCAGUUUUAACUCCAAAUCGCUCCCGCGGGAAUCAAAGCGAAGGGAACCCCUUGGACAGGCAAAUGCAUCCGUUUACGAAUCGAUACGAGAAAAGGACGGUGAAAUGCUAUUGGUGGUGAACGAAAAUGGCGGUCCAUUGGGUCUGACGGCUAUUCCGGAUCCGGACAACGGUGGACUGCUGGUACAAAGUGUUGAGCCGGGAGGCCGGGCCGAUAGGGGCCGGGUGCGUCGUGGUGAUCGUAUUCUCGAAAUUAACAAUAUCAAACUGAUAGGUCUCUCGGAGAGUUCCGUGCAGGAACAUCUCAAGAAGAGCCUUUCAUCGCCGGAGCUGCGGUUACGUGUGAUUCGAGCGGUGAAACACCGCCGAGACAACCGAGUCUCGCAGAUGAUCGAAGCUGAAGAAAAACCGACCGGUGCCAAAGUAGCCACGGUAUCCCCGACGAGAAAGAUUCCUGGGGCUCCGUCGGGAAUCAGCCUUCAGACUGCCAAUACCCGGAGACCCGGAAAGCGGAUCGAGAUUACGCUGAAGAAGGGAAUCAACGGAUGGGGUUUUUCAGUCACCACUCGGGACAAUCAAGCAGGUCGACAGUGUCCGAUCUAUAUUAAGAGUAUUCUACCAAAAGGUGCCGCCGUUGAGGACGGCAGACUGAAGCCUGGUGAUAGACUGCUGGAAGUGGAUGGUGUUCCCGUGACCGGAAAAUCUCAAAGCGAGGUUGCGUCCAUUCUCAGAGCGACUGAUUAUGGAGCCACGGUUGAGUUGGUUGUUUCCAGGCAGCAAGAGCUCGCUGAAACGGAGGAAAGGGAAGUCGGUUGCGGUGUCGAAAAUGAGCAGAGAAACACCCCACCAAAACCGCCACCACCGGUGCUACCAAAAUCUUCGCUGAAGCAGACUACGCGGGCCAAGUCCGAAGAGAUUCUGGACACACGUGAGGCGCGCUCGACAGCUUCGAAGACCACCAAUCUUAGCAAUGGCAGUCCUCAGUCCGUGGCUUCAGCUAACGUUUCAAAGAAACCGUUGGCGUCGAUACUAAAGUCUGCAUCCACCAAUCAGGUUUCCGAGCUGUUUCAGGAACAAUCUCAGCAGCAGCAGCAUCAAAUUUCUACAACCGGUCAUCCACCCGGGUUUCAGUGGAAAAAUCGAGAGAUUUUAACUCUCCAUAUUCCGGUAUACGAUACGGAAAAGGCAGGACUUGGUGUAAGUGUGAAAGGUAAAACAGGAUCGGGCAACAGCAGCACUGGUAGCACCGGCAGCAAUAAGCACGAUGGCGAUUUGGGCAUUUUUGUAAAAAGCGUACUGCAUGGUGGAGCGGCCAGUCGAGAUGGUCGGCUGAAGAUGAACGACCAGCUGUUGAGUGUGAACGGAGUUUCACUGCUUGGGCAAAGUAAUGCGGAAGCGAUGGAUACAUUGCGACGAGCAAUACAAACAGGUGGCAGUAACCAUCCGGGCAAGAUAAUCCUUACCGUGGCUCGCCGCAUCGGCCGACCGGUCAGUACUGGCGAGUUGCUGGUAGAAACGGUCGAUAAUUCCAACUCCAGUGAUCAGUCUGGAGCAACUGUGAUCUACCUCAGCCCGGACAAAAAACAGGACAAACCACAACAACAAUCCUCCUCCAAUGAUAAACAGCAACAGCACAAACGUUACAGCAAUCCUGUACUGGACCGGCUCACUGGAGGAGGUCAAUCGGGAAGCGUUGGCGGUGGUAGCAGCCAUAGCCUGAAUCCUUUGAGUGCCAGCAGCACUGUCACUGAUGGUAGUCCCAGCAACCAAAGACCAGCACCAUUAUCCAGCCACGGACUACGCAACGAAAGCUACUAUAUGGCAACCAACGAUAAUUGGAGCCCGGCGGCCAAUCUCAACGGUAGUCACGCAGUGCUGAUUGAGGAGGACCCAGAACCAACCUCACCAACUUUUCAUCUAGCGCGUCCCUCGGACGAAACCAACUCCACGUCGACCCCGAACGGAGAUGUUACGUAUGCGAGCCAGUUGUCAUUGGAUACUAACCCACCGGCAGCGGAUGCCUUCAGUAGAGACGCUAUCGGAAGACGCUCGAUGUCCGAGAAACACCAUGCUGCCUUGGAUGCUCGUGAAACAGGAACGUAUCAGCGAAAUAAGAAACUUCGCGAGGAACGAGAGCGUGAUAAGAAGCUCAACAGUAAUGGUAUCGGAUCUGGUUCAAUGGAAUCGCUGACCCAGCAGGUUGGUGGCAGGAUGAGUAGUUUGAAGGCCAAAACUUCGGAACUACGAGCCGAGGCGUUAGAUCGACUGGGAGAGCUGGGUCCAUCGCUCGGUAUGAAAAAGUCGUCCAGUUUGGAGUCGCUUCAAACGAUGGUACAGGAGAUUCAAAUGGCCGAUGAACCAAGAGGACCGACAGCGUUACGAACGCCACGUGGUCGCGGACGAGAGGAAAUUCUCAGGGCUGCUGUGGAAAGACCACCAGAAACACAGGCUAAAAAGCACUGGUUGCUGGAGGAUGCUACACCCGACGUUGAUUCGGGAGGCUUUGUUCCCCGAGGAAGUCCGUUCCAGUCAUCAUUGAAUGACGGGAAGAAUAAGGUGCGUCACAAGAAAAGCGGUCUGUUUCGAGGAAUUGGACACAUGUUCCGCUUUGGAAAGCACCGGAAGGAUGGAAUAGCGCCUGUCAGCGACAACAUUCCAGCUGACUACACCGCGAGCUGGGGUGAAGGACCGUUGACCAAUGGAACACUUCCCGGCAGUGCCCAACAGAAAGGUCAAACACUAACUGUGAAAAAUACUAGCUCGAAGGUUUCCAAUGCACCUGCUCAACUUAGUGGUCUUCCGAACGGGCUCGGAUCCUCCACAGUCACUGGGACUAGUGUGGCUGGAAGCAGCACGAGUGCGCCUAAAAGUAACUCGAUUGAACGAAUGACUAGCAGCGGAGUUGUGGUUAGCCAACCACCUCUAUACCAGCCGCCGCCGCCGCCUCCACAUCAGAAUGGUGGCAGCAUGCCGACCUCGAUUCAUCACACCGAUGUUUUCAACCAUAGGUAUUCCCACUACGUCAACUAUGAGGAACUGCAGCAGCAGAUCAGUCGACGUCAUCAUCAUUAUCAUUCCCAAAGAUCGGCGCGGAACACGCCGCCAGUAGAACUGGCCAUCUAUCAUCAUCAGCAGCAGCAGCAACAGCAGAAGCUGAAACAACCCCGUCCAGUAUCCAACUACUACGAUGGUGGCUACGAAACCAUCCAACAUAACGGGGGCGGAUCUCAACGAAAAUCCAACCAUCCCUCGUCUCCUUCGAAACAGCCACAACAACAGCAACAACAACAGCAACAACAACAACAACAACAGCAACAGCACACCAACUGGAACGGUGCCAUCUCGUCAAACGGACUAGCAAGUAUGAGUUCCGGGUACCCAAAUCAUGGUUCUAUCCGAAGUCGCGGUCCCUUCGUAACACAAGUGCAGAUUCAGAAUUCGAUGCCCUAUCAGUGAUUAAUACAUUGCCUUAGAUGAAACCAGUACUGUGAUGUUGUAAGAGAAAGUGAAGGUAAAACUAUAUACCUAUUGUGAAAAAGUAGAAGGUGGCUAACAUGUAAUCUAGAAUUGACGUAGUAACGAGUCGAUUCAUCAACUUGUUUUGUUUCGCGCUCAUUUAACUUUCUCGCGAUUAAAAAAGUGAUGUUUUAGAUCAUUUUUUUAGUUACCAUUAUUCUUAAAACUAUUUUUUUCAUCACUAAUCAUGCGUUAAUGUUUUAUAAUCAGACUAUUAUUUUCUGUCACAAUUAAGAAUACAUCUAAAGUGAAUCUUUUCACAUUUAUAAUGACGAAUUAACGCUUUUUAUUACUCUCAUCAUUUACUUAAAUAGCUGUUACGAAUCGAACGAAUGUAGUUUCUCAUGCCUAACUAAAGUGAAUAGUGUAACUAAAGUUUUACAGCUUGUAAAUUAUUGUACGAUGGAUGAUUAAAGCCAAUUAUACAGCGGUUUGUGUAUAUUUAUCGAAAGUCUAUUAUGUUAAUAUUAAUAAAUGAUACGCAGAACAAUAAUCUCCUCUAGUUGGUAAUCCGUAUAUGUGUAUAUAUAGCGAUUAUUUGGAAACAGAUGGGUUUUAGGGCAAAUCGAAGGAACGUCCUAGUUUAACCCCCAUUCGAUAGAAAUAACUUACAUGUGAGAGCAUCGCUAGCGCUCCUUAAAGUACUUAAUUUCAUACUUAACACUGUUGCUGCGUAAAUGAGUAUAAAACUUAUUUUUCAAAAAUCCGAUUCCUGAAUGUAUUAUGACAGAACAUGGCAAAUAUAUUUGCUGCAUUGUAAGGUACUUAAAAGUCGGUAUAUAUAUGUA